AAAGAUUAAUAUUUGGUUGAUAAAAACUUUUGCUGUCUCAUUUUAAUCAAUCUAUGUGCUCGUCAUCGCAGAAUUUAUAAAAGAAUAUAUGAUCGCGAAAAUCCUGUGACUAAAAUAAUAUCGGUAACUAUUAUGGGUAGUCCAGAACGAGAACUGUGCCCUCCACCUUCAGAAGAAGAUGAAUUAACUUUGCCUAGGGCUAGUAUUAACAAAAUGAUAAAAGAAUUGGUUCCCUCUGUGAGAGUUGCAUUUGAAUCAAGAGAAUUAAUAUUGAAUUGUUGUACGGAAUUUAUUCAUUUGCUCAGUUCAGAAGCAAAUGAAAUAUGUAAUCAGAGCAAUAAGAAAACUAUUAAUGCUGAACAUGUUUUAGCAGCUCUUGACAGAUUGGGAUUUAAUGACUAUACAUUAGAAGCAGAGGCAGUGCUUAAAGACUGUAAAGCUGUAGCUGCUAAAAGAAGGAGACAAAGUACAAGACUUGAAAAUUUAGGAAUACCUGAAGAAGAAUUAUUACGACAGCAACAGGAACUGUUUGCUAAGGCACGUGAAGAACAGGCUAAACAAGAGCAGCAGCAAUGGCUUCUUCUACAGCAACAAGGCUUAGUAGGAGCUGAUAAUGCUCAGGCAUAUGUCCCUCCCCCUGCAACUCUUAAAGUUGAAGAUGAAGAAGAUGAUGAUUACUCAUAGAGAAAACUAUUAUUAUUGUAAAAAUAUGUAAUUAAUAAAUAUAUCUAUCUCUUUUGAUGAUCAAAUAUUACAUUUUAAUUUAAAUAUAUUUUUUAAUAAUUUAGCUUAAACAAGUUUGUAAUUGAUAUCAACUUUACAUGAUAAAUCA